CAGCCGCAACGCUGAACCACACUAUCGUUGAAACACAAAACCUUGCAUAUCAAUCGUCCGAUACAUUUCCACGUCAUCGAUCCGCGUGAAUUCUCGUUUCAACGGUUCAGAUCUGUUUCAGAGCUACUGUGUUAGCGAAGAGAAGAGGCGCUGUUUUCUCUAUUCUUCCUUGCUCGAUUUCAACACCGAAUUCGAAUUUCGAAAUCUUACAGAAAGUUUUUGCUUCAGUUUAGAAAGGUUUGAAGGAUUUGGAAGAUGAAGUUAACAGAGGAAUUGAAUUUGAAGAAGCAAGUGGAGGAAAGCGAGGUUAUCGUUUUGAGUGAGGAUGAUGAAGAAAUUGAGUCUAUUGAAGAAGUAGUUGAUGGAGAAGACAGUGAAGAUGAUGAAGGUGAUGAGGAUGAUGAUGAAGACAAUGAGGAGGAUGAGGAUGAUGAAGAUGAAGGUACUGGCGGUGGAGAUGACGAUGAGGAGGAUGAAGAUGAAGAAGGUGGAGCAGCUGAAGGUGCACGUGGUGGUGAUCCUGAUGAUGAUGAUGAUGACAGUGACAAUGAUGAGGAUGACGAUGAAGACGACGACAACGAUGAUGAGGAGGAGAACGAGGAAGAGGAACAGGAGGAUUUGGGAACAGAGUACCUUGUCCGUCCUCUAGGUGCUGCUGAGGAGGAGGAAGCAUCUAGUGAUUUUGAACCUGUGGAAAAUGGUGUGGAUGAAGAUGAAGUGGAGGAAGACGAAGGUGAGGAAGAUGAAGGUGGGAGUGAUGAUGAUGGUGAGAAGGCUGAGGUUCCACCCAAAAGAAAGAGGUCAGACAAAGAUGAUUCCGAUGACGAUGAUGGAGGAGAGGAUGAUGUAAGACCCUCUAAACGAUAGAGUUAGUCCAUUCUUUGUUGGAGAACUUGUCGACUAUCAACACAUUUCAGAGAAGGGAUACACCAGUUCAUGGAAAUGUUUGUUGCUAUAUAUUGUAUUUGUUAUGGUGCAGGAUUAUUAGGUUUAUUACUAUAUUUAUCAGGCAAGUGCAUAGUCAAUAGUUGGCUAAAUCAUGUUGUAGGACAAAUUUUACAAACUUGAUUUUUAUCUUUCACCCACUCCCUAGGAAUAGGAUGGUAGAUGUUGUUCAUUACUAUUUCUGCUGCUAUGAAAAUGUUGGUAAACCUCUUUUGUUUUAUACAAAAGUUUUUGACUGUGUAUAACUAUUUUUAUAUAUGCAUUUAAUGACA